GAGCCCACGUGUACUUGUUUACAUACCCCACCACUUCUGUACCCCAUGCUACCAGCGCGAAGAUUGGACGUCGACCGAUCUGAUACCGUUUCAGUUUGAGAGACUUUGUCGGGCCGGGCUGUUCAGAGUUUCUUUGGCAUUUAUAUUAGCUACUCAUUUAUAACUAUGGCAUAUUCUGUACCCAAGCAAGGAGUCUGGAAGAUGGCAUCUCGUGGAGGACCAGAAGGUGAAAAUACAAACAUCUUUCGUUUGAUGUCAUGGAACAUUGACGGACUCGAUGAGAGGAACACGGAAGAGAGAACAGGGGCAGCAUGUGAUACCAUUAUGAAGUUAGCUCCAGACGUGGUCUUUCUCCAAGAGGUGGUACCCACAACACACACUCUCCUCAAGGCAAGGCUGUCUUCCAAGUAUACCAUCCAUGCGGCCAAUUCCAUUGGAUACUACACCUGCACGCUGGUGAAGAAUUCUUCAGAGUCCUGCAUCACAACGAGCUUGGUCCAACCUUUCUCGAACACCAAGAUGGGCAGGAACCUGCUCAUUGUCAAUGCAAGUUAUAAGAACAUGUACCUGUCACUCAUGAACACCCAUCUGGAGAGCACUGGGCCAGCGGCGGCUGAGCGCCUGCUGCAGUUCCAGCAGGCUUUAGGAGAGAUGCAGAUUCAAGACCCGGAUAGAGUUGUCUUCUUUGGAGGGGAUACCAAUCUUCGAGAUAAAGAGGUUGCAAGCAUGCGUGGCCUACCCCAGGGAAUCGUAGACCAAUGGGAAGCUUGCGGAGCCGACAAAAAGACAAAGUUCACCUGGGACACCACAACCAAUGACAAUCUGGACUGGCAAUCGGGAAGCUUCAAACCGAAACUCCGCUUUGAUCGCCUCUUCCAACGACCCGCAGCAGGACACGCUACAAACUUGAGCAUAAGUUCCUUCAAGCUUAUCGGCAAGGAGAGAUUGCCAGGCUGUCAACGGUUCCCGAGCGACCACUAUGGGAUAGUGUGUGACUUCGAUAUUUUGCCGGGAGAAGUGUGAUCGUUGGUGAUGUUUGGUCAAUCAAUUGGUCAGUCAUUUGGCCUACAAAUGCAUAUCAUUGCGGACGUUUGUUCGAUCAAUUGGUCAGUCACUUGGCCUACAAAUGCGAAUCAUUGCGGACGUUUGUUCGAUCAAUUGGUCAGUCACUUGGCCUAAAAAUGCAAAUCAUUGCAGAUGUUUGCUCAAUCAAUUGGUCAGUCACUUGGUCACUGGGACUACAACAAUCUGCCUGGAGAAAUCUUUGAUGAUAUCAUUCCUAAACAUGGCUCUAUGCAGGAUGAUACUGUUAAUCUCUUUAAGUCUUACCUUUGGGUCUAUUAAGAUAGACUGGACUAAACAUGAUCAUGGUCCAACUUACUUUAUAAAGGUGAUUGAUGCUAAUUUUCAGAUCUUCAAAGUAAUGAGCCUUCCACAAUUCAUGCAAUUCAUGAAUUUUUUUGUGGGCUUUGUGGCAGGAAUUUUUGAUUUUGAUACCCAAAGCUAAUGUUUUAGAUGCACUUAAUUCUGAACCAACGCUGUAUUGGUCCAUAUCAGUCGUUCUCUCAAGAAGUGCACCUUAGUGAAUUGUGAUAUGUUUUUGUUAAGACCUUGUUAUCCAUAUUUGAAGGAACCUUGCAAGUAUUUGAAGGAAUGACACUCCUUUCUUAGCCAACGAUCUUAAAGCUUUCAGUACUAAUUUUCUCUUCCAUACUUUUUGCCUCUUUGCACGACAGGUGAAUCUUAUGGUAUAAAUUUCACUCACAUAUUUUGCUCCAAAUUUGCAUUUGUAAACAAAUGAUUUGAGAUGUUUUAGCUAAGAUCUAGGCACCUACAUUGUAUGUUUAUUUUCUUCUCGACUCAAAUCUGAGAUAUUUAUUAAUGAAAAUGUUUUAUAUACAGGUACCUGUCACUCAUUUAGAUUGGUAUUUGUAUCAUCUGCAAAAUUGUUUUUACUACCCUUUAGAAAGUAACUUUUUGAUCAAAGUAAUGUACAAUAUUGUACCAACUAUGAAGGAAAGAGCAGCUGAGACACAAUUUAAUAUCAUAGGAACUCUACCAAAUGUCUUGUUUUUGCCAAGAAUGUUCAAGUGAAUCAAAGAUUGAACGAUAAAACAGGGUGGCAUAACAAAAA